AUGCAUCUUUUGCCCCUCCUUCCGCUUUCUGGUGGCGCUGCAGCUGUGAAGGCAUGUACCGGACCUGCACAAGUUCAGGCCAUAAUGGGAGAAGCUUCAUCCUCUCCUAGCUUGGCAAUAGCUACUGUGAUUGGACCAUUUCAUAUACCCCUGAUCAGUCAUUAUGCAACCUGUGCUUGUCUCAGUGAUAAAACRAAGUACCCAUCCUUUCUCAGAACCAUACCCAGUGACUAUUAUCAGGCUAGAGCCCUGGCCCAUUUGGUCAAACACUUUGGUUGGACUUGGAUUGGAGCUGUUCGGUCAAAUGAAGAUUAUGGCAAUAAUGGCAUGGCAAUAUUUACAGAGACUGCAGAGCAGCUGGGCAUCUGUCUGGAAUAUUCUGAGCCGUUCUUUAGAACAGACUCAUUAGACAAAAUAGAAAAGUUAAUUGAUAUUAUCAAGGCCUCCACAUCAAAAGUGAUUGUUGCGUUCCUCUCUCACAUGGACAUGGAGGUGCUUAUACAUGAAUUGUCCAACCACAACUUGACAGGGUACCAGUGGGUUGGUACCGAGGCUUGGAUUUUUGAUUCUCAGACUGCAUCAAGGGAUAAAAAUCACAUCUUGGAUGGAGCCAUUGGACUCUAUGUUCCAAAAGCCUAUGUCAGUGGUCUUAAAGAGUUUAUGUUUAAUGUAAAACCACUCGGUUCAACCAAUAAUGACUUGUUUACAGAGUUCUAUGAGGCGUUAUUCAGCUGUAAAUUUGUACAGUCCCAAUCAGACGAGAUUCAGAGACAAUGUACUGGACAGGAAAAUCUGAGUGGUGUGAAAAAUGUUUUCACUGACAUGUCACACAUGUCCAUUUUUAACAACAUGUAUAAAGGAGUGUAUGCAGUGGCCCAUGCUUUGCACGGUAUUUUCAGCUGCAAUAAAGCAUGCAACAGCAGUGUCCAGCUAGAUCCCUACAAGAUUUUACAGCACAUAAAAAAGGUUAACUUCAAAACAAAGGAAGGUGAGGAUGUUUAUUUUAAUGAGAAUGGAGAUCCUGUUGCAAAGUAUGAAAUCAUCAACUGGCAGCCAAGAGAAAAUGAAAAUAUGCACUUUGUCACUGUUGGUGUUUAUGAUGCAUCGUUACCUGCAGAAAAGCAAAUGAAUCUAUACAAUACGUCUUUAAUUUGGGCAAACAACUUGCUGCAGAAUAAGAAAAAAUAGAUGUAGUAAGUCCUCCAACUUUUAUGUGUUUGUUUUUCAGAUUCUGUCACUUGUGAAAGAUGCCCCCCUGAAUUCUGGUCCAACUUCGAUCGAGAUGCCUGUGUAUCAAAACAGGCUGAGUUUCUGUCAUAUAAAGAAAUUAUGGGAGCACUGCUUACUGUAGCUUCUUUAUUUGGAACAUGUAUGACGGCUGCUGUAGCUGUCAUUUUCUUCAGACACAGGACAACUCCUCUUGUCAGAGCAAACAACUCUGAGUUGAGCUUCCUGCUGCUUUUCUCCUUGACUCUGUGUUUUCUCUGCUCUCUGACCUUCAUUGGACAUCCCUCUGAGUGGUCCUGCAUGCUCCGUCACACAGCUUUUGGCAUUGCCUUUGUCCUCUGCAUUUCCUGUAUUUUAGGUAAAACAAUGGUGGUUUUAAUGGCAUUUAAAGCUACACUUCCAGGCAGUAAUGUAUUGAAAUGGUUUGGGCCUGCACAGCAAAGACUCUGUGUUCUGGGUUUUACUCUUAUACAAGUUAUUAUAUGUAUUCUCUGGUUAGCAAUUUCUCCUCCUUUUCCAUCUAAAAAUUUAAAAAGUUUUAAAGAUAAAAUCAUUUUGGAGUGUGCUCUGGGAUCAGCUGUAGGUUUCUGGUCUGUACUUGGGUAUAUUGGACUUCUUGCCUUUUUGUGUUUCAUUUUUGCUUUUCUGGCUCRCAAACUACCUGAUAAUUUCAAUGAAGCUAAAUUUAUCACUUUUAGUAUGUUGAUAUUCUGUGCAGUAUGGAUCACUUUUAUCCCAGCAUAUGUCAGCUCUCCUGGAAAAUUUAGUGUUGCUGUGGAAAUUUUUGCCAUUCUUGCCUCCAGUUUUGGACUGCUGAUUUGUAUCUUUAUCCCUAAAUGCUACAUUAUGUUACUAAAACCAGAAAUGAAUACAAAAAAGAAUAUGAUGGGUAAGGGGGUAAUAAAAUCUUGCUGA